CUGGAAAGGGGGCGGUAGGACAAAAAAGUUUGGGAACCACUGCGAUAGAUCGUUCGUCGGACGUUUGUUUCGACCUUCGAUGGAUCGUAUCGGCCAAACUGCAGGUCAGUGGCCGCGUUUGCUUCAAUGGAGUGGAUCGCAAUACGUGGGGUUAUUGAAUUUCUAAAUCAGAUCUAUAAAGACUAAUAAGCCUAAUCUAAUAAGAUUUCAGUGGUUCUCCUGGACGCAGUCACCUUGAACAAUUUUUUUUUUUCUUACUGUUCGACGCAAUUCUCUUCCUGAAUCUUUUCAACUGUGCCAAAUCCUCAGGCUUCGUCCUCGUUUUAGGGAAAAUGGGAGAGUCACAAAUGGGCCAAUCAAGAGAAUAGGAAGGAUCAUUUUCUCUAGAAUGAAGACGAAGCUCAGGGAACGGAUAUAAGUCACACUCGAGGAGAUCUAGGAUUAUGCUCGUGAAGAGAAUGUGUUUUAACUUGGAAGGCAUUAAAUAGUCAAGACGCUUAGAACUUCGAUAAAAGUAACAUAUGCAAGUCACAAUAAUUAUCGUUAUCGCUGUUCAAACAGAGUAAUAAAACUGGGACACAUUGGAGGAACGUCGUAAAUAAUAAAACAACGGAAUAACAGUGUGUUACAUAUUCAUUAAUUUUAAAGUGGUCCCAUAUCGAUUUAGGAAAAAAAUUGUUAUACUUUCAUAGAAUUUGGAUAUUUUGAAACGUUAUAGUGCAGUUCAACUUAAACUACUUAAAGGAAAAGAAUGGGCCGCUAAAAUCUUGGGUUAGUUUAUCGCUUUCUAUAGAGCAUUGUGUAAACUUUUUGAUUUACAAACGCGCAUAGUAAACGCGUAAACGAGGUCUAAGAAUCUCGAGGCGAUAAACUCAUUGAUUAUUCGAAUCGGAGCGCCAUGUCGACGACGCUGUCGAUAUCGACGUCGGCCACAGCGCCAACGCGUGAAAAUGUGAAAGCUUCCUCCGUUCGUCUGACCUCUGACCUCAUGGAUGGCGAACAUGACUCGAGGGAAACUCUGAGAGUAGAAUGGUCAGAAAGCCAAGAAAUACAAGAACGAGCUCGCGUUUUGUCUGAAAUCUUGUACGACGAGUAUGAAACAGAAGGAGAACCGUCUAAAUGGAAGGAAUUCGCGAAAUCGACGGAUGAUCCUCGUCGCGUACAGUCCUUGUUCGAGAAGUGGCGAGGGUGGCAGGUUAAGUUCGCUUUAGCGAGGAUACAGAUUAAGCGUCAUUUCAUCUUCCACGUCUACGGCGUCCCGCGAUCCGCAACACUGUCUGGCUCGUCCUCCGAGUUCCUCGAAACGCGUCGACGCGUUCUCAGGUUGCGACACAUUCCCGACAGGCUUGUGUUCGCGCGAACGCCGCAGGCGAUCUGGAAACGAAACGUGUUCGAUCCUCUUCGGUCUCCAUCGAUGUAGAAGGCCACUGCGCGUGCCACGGUUAAGUCUAAGAGACGCCGGGGUAUGAAGAGAAAGGAACGAAAAGCUUCCCCGAAGACGGAGGUUGCGUCCGUUGCUGGCGAUGGUGCCACUGUCAUCAGUGGCGGCGAGGAAGCGGGGGACAUCAGGGACCGGAUGAUAAAGGACAUGCAGGAGCAGAUCCGGCUGGAGCUGUACAACGAGCAACAGAAGGCGAAACUGGAGGAGGUGGAAGCUGCGGAUCGCGAGGCUCAGCUAGAAGAGACUCGAGAGAUUCUGCUUCGGCACUGGUCAGCGUACACAGAGAAUGAGCGUAUCUUGGAAGAAAAAGAGAAUUGGGAGAGAUACAUGACCUGCGACGGUCUACCAGAUCCUGGGUCGCUGUCCGACAUGAACACCUUUCUGUUUCUUUGGACAUUGGAGAAUGAGAAUACGACCAUGGACGUGAUGGCGGACAAAUGUCAUGUAAUCACUGACUUAUUAACCAAGCUCGAGAGGAUCAUUCGUUUCUCCACGAUCAUUUCGAGGCAGUAUGCGGCUGAAUGCGAAGUGAUCGCCAGAGAGCUGCGUAAGAAGCUUCAGCUAUGGAUAGAUCACGCAUGCUACAGACUGCUGCGCCAUAUCGAAGCGAACAUGACAAGAGAGGACAUGAAGACGACCAGAUACGUUCGUGUGUCUACCAAACUAGUAUGCUGCGUUUGGGCGCCGAUAGCGCUGCCAGUUGGAAUGAAGCGACUUACAGACAAGGAGAGACAGCCAAUCGAGGUCCAAUUCGAAGAGAUGAAGCUGACGAUUAAAAUGCCAGCAGACGUGGACUGCCACUCCAUGGCGAUUCGUGGCCUCUGGCUGGCCUACGACCAUUACUCGGUCGAUACGAACUCCUACUGGAUUCCUGAGAUUCCUGAGAAACUCGUGGAGCUGUGGGACAGUACUCUCAGCCUCCUGGAGUUCUCCAAGAGAGACCACGAAGAGAAGCUUAGGAUACGAAAGGAGCAAGCUAAGGAACGAAGCUUGCGAUUGGAAGAGAAGAAGGCGAUACUAGAAAGGAUGGAGAACCCACCUGUCCCAGCUAGCGCUCAGAGAAGAGGCAAACGAGGCAGGAAACAAAAGAAACCGCAGUCGGCGAAAGGCGCGUUUCCUGCGUUCGAAGAAAAGCUGGCGACUUUUGUUCCUCCUGAGACGGAACUUCUGCCAUACUUGCCCACGCCUAACGAAAUCCUUCGGCAGAGGGAAGAGGAGUACCGACAAGAGGCUCGAAAGUUGCUGUUCACUAAAUGCGAAAAGACUGAAGUCAAUUUACGGAAAUACAGAAUCCUCGGAGGAGUGUUUCACGUGAACCUCAUCUAUCAACCACCGCAACCCAAGGACCUGGGUCAAGAGACUAGUCUGACAACUCUCGAGCUGCCCAAGGAACCAAAGUUCGUCCAAUUUUCGCGGCCCUACGUCCCGCCACAGCCAGCGCCCGACUCUGAGAGGACGCCAGAAGUAAUCGAGGCGGAGAUGAAGGCUCUGGAAACCGCAAUGGAGGCGCUAGUCUUGAUUACUCUCGAGUUACCAGACACGGUUUUCUGGUUCGAGCCGCCAUUGGUCGCCCACUGGAUAACAGAGAAGAAUAUGUGGUCGACCAAGGACGUCCACGACAUCAAGUACAACGAGGAGAAGCAGACGAUCGCUUUCAGAAGCGGUAAAUUAGGCGUUCACGGAUUAGCCGCCUACAAGUUUGCGAAUCUGCCGUUCCAAAGCUGGGAACUGAAGCCUGAAAUGGGGAAGAGUGGCCGUCUCAAUGGCGGGGUGGUCUUGAGCAUCACUGGGGCUACGGUUCAGGCUGAAUUCAUAGUCAGAGAGGAUCGAGUCUGUUUGAACUCGCUCGUAGGUGGCUCGUCGAAGCCACUCGAAGGGAUACUCAAAGAAUUCAUCGAGCUGGAGUCCCUGAUCGAACGAAUGCAACAGGUCGGAUGCGACCUCUUUCCUGAGCGAGACGCCGCGAGCUAUUUGAAAGGACUGGCUACCAAGCAUCCGAUCGCGGAGAAACACUUGCAAGAGUGCAUGGCUUUGUUGUCUACCGCCUACACGUUCGCCUGGUCUCGAUGGAACGCGACGCGCGGCUUCUGGGAGAUCGUAUUGCAGUUCAAAGAGGUCCACGGCUGCGUUGCCAAAGAGCGAACGAGCAUAACGCUCCUAGUAACGCACUCGAGGACCAUGCGCAUACGCUGCACCGAGGUCAGCCCUGAAUUCUCAGACUUACCCCUUGAUGAUGAAGACAACAAGUUCUACGCAGACCUCUAUCGCCUGGCGAUAAACACAGCAGGUAUCAAGACUCGACUCUUGAUAGAGCGAACAUCAUUCAAACUGAUGACGACGGUCGCGCGACUCUUACAGCGCACCAACGUCAUUGGGAUGUCAUCUUAACAGCUACAUGAUCUUGAAUAUCGUGAAAUAAAAUUAAAUUAACGUCGAGUGAACAAUUAGCACGAACAUAAUGAAUGAAAGUAAAUACUGAAAGAGGACAAUAAAUUGGAAUGUUCGAUAAAAUAUGUGAAGAGCUGUCAUCUUUAAAUCACAGAAAUACGAUUGAAAGAAGGUGACCCAGUAAACCUUAGACCAACGUUCCCCACCCUGUGUUCUGUGAAAAGCGAACGAACUAAUUACUCGAACUAUUAUUUGUGCCUCUUGAACUCCUCCAGCGCUGUACAUUUACUUAUCGAUCUCCCCGUUGUAUUGUUUAAUAUAUUCCUCGCCAUUAAUGCUAGAAAACUGAAAGCUCUUCCAGUUUGAAUGGACCUCCCUCUCGUCGAGUCGAUAAUUUCAAUCAACCCUCCAACAUUAUAGUGACAUUCGAACAAUAUUCUCCGUUCUAGUUUUUCGAACCAAACAUUGACUAACAAAACACAGAAUUGCGUUCGCUUUAAAACAAAUCAGACCUAAGCUUUGAAAUUCAAAAAGUUCUUGUAUCGAUUUAAUUUCAAGAAAUACAUAUUCGAGGGAGUCAAGGUAUCAAAUGCUUUCUACUUUUUGUAUGAAAGAAUAUGUCACCUAUCUCUCUAAAAAAAAAAAAAGUCAUAGAACUUCCGCAGAAAUAAACAAGCUCUCGCGCCUCCUCCCUCUCUCUUCUACUAAUGGAGGGUAACGAAGCGUACGCAGUGCGGUCUUUCCGAAACGAAAUUCCUUUUUAUUCGAAUACAUAACGUAUAUCGAGCGUCAAAGCGAUAUUCAGGAAAUAAUAAACGCCUCCGUUCGAUCUGCACCUGAACGCAAAACGAUAUCACGAAGGAAAACACACAGCGAUAUCGAGAUUACGGCUAAGCGGCAAAGAGUUUAAUUGAUGCGCUUCGACGGGGGUGGUGGUUUUUUGGGGGUGUGGGCUUCUCUUUUCGGGGGGUCCCGGGGGUCGGGGGGGUAAACAGUGGGGAACACUACGACACGGAAACGAUACGACGUUUAAACCCGUAGCCGGACCGACAGAGCUGGCGCGCAUUACGUGCGCCACGCAUCUCUAUAAUAAAUGUCCAACGCUGUCUGCCAGCGUGGUUCGCUGCUUUUUUUUCCGGUUUUUGUUUUGGUAACAUCCAUGAGUACAUAGGUUAGUUAGUUGUUUGAUCUGUUUCUCUCGAUACGAUCGAUUUUUUUUUCUUUUUUAUGUAACGUACGUGUAUGCAAUACGAAGCUAAAAAAUAUACAGUGUUGCGCGCUGCGAGGACCGGACACGCGUGAGAGGCGUCCAGAUGGAUCGAUAGCUGAAAUUUUUACCUCUACCACUUCUUCCAUCCACCCCCUACCCUUCUUUUCGCUACUGCUAUUGGCUCCCCCAAAUUUGGCGUAAAAAUUCGUUUCUCUCCGGGUCCCGUUUCGCUCGAGCUGAUCCAUCGCGAGCGUCUCUCGCGCGUGUCCAGUGAGCGAAGAAUGCAUCACUUUGUAUCCGCUACAUUCUCUAACUACGUAUUUCCCUAUACAUAUUUUCUGCCGCCUUCAUCUCCACCGUUUGAUAUGCGUUCCAAGCCGCCUCGCUCUUUCUUCGUUUUUUUUUUUUUUCAUUGGUUAUUUCAUCGAGUUCCACGGGUCUCAGCGGCUUUCUGAUCUACCAGCCGAUCUACGAGCUUGCGGCGAUAUUUUGCAAGAGGUAUUCUUGGGCGAGGAUGUUUCUUUUUUCUUGCUUUGGAGUUGUCAGAGGUCGAGACAUUGAUUAAUGCGGGAGGUGUAAAGACAGCGAAAGAGUGAUGCAGGCUCCUUCCACUUGGAGUUGACCAAUCAAAGACAUCCUCGUCGCGGUUACAAAAAGCGUCGCCUAGAGGUAGGUACACUAUCUUCAUCAGAGACGCAGACACGCAGCUAAAUAUCGAGUCACGCAGACGCUACUAGCAACUGGGCCAAUGGCUACUAUGGCCCAUCCCAUGGUCGGGGCCUGUAGCACUCUUCUAACACUAUAAUUCAUAAUUAUCCUCAAGACGGAUUGUCUUUGGAGAGUUUAGCCAAUUAAAUGUUCCUUUGUAUUCCUGCAACUCCAAAGUGAGAACAAGUUAUUCGUAACAUAUUUUUGGUUUAGAAUAAGUUCUUUUUGAAUGCUUGUAAAAUAUCUCCAUAAGGUUGUAGAUUGCCUUGUACAGUUGCGCGCGCGCGUUCUAACGACAAAACUCCGAGCGCGCUUCCACCAUUUCACUCUCUCUCCUCCCCCCCCCUUCUUGUUACAUUUUCACGUCCACGUUCGGAUGCAGCUCCGCCGAAUCGAUACGCGUUUGUAUUGUUGUUGUUGUUGUUGUUGUUGUUGUUGUUGUUGUUGUUGUAGUUGUAGUUGUAGUUGUAGUUGUAGUUGUAGUUGUAGUUGUAGUAGUAGUAGUAGUAGUAGUAGUUCACCGAGCAAAUGAAACCAGAUAGAAGAAAGAGGGCGAGAGACCGAAGAUCGACCGUUCCUCGGAGAAGUAUUUAUCGUAGAGUUUUAAAAAUAGUCGCUGUUUUUUGGUCUCUGAGAUGAUACAUGCUUCUCAAUAAAAAGGAAGAGAAAGAGAAAGGUGAGAAGGUAUGCUAAUUUAUAAUCUAGAACAUCGCUCAACUGUAACGCGAUCAUUCGACGCGAAAACUCUUUUUCCACUUUGCAAUUAGAAGCUUCCUCACUGUGAUACGACCAGUUGAACUUCAUUGAUAUGUUUUUCGGCGCGCGCCAUUUUUAUUCCAGUCAGCCGAUCAUGCGAGCGGAAGUCACGGGCACGUGUCAUGGUCGCGCGAAAACUUUAGCGGCUUAUAUCUCGAUAACGAAGCCUCGGUUUGUAAAAUGGAAAAGGACUUUCAAAAAGAUAUUUAAAUUCUCUGUAAAACAGUUUCGAGAAACUAAAACUCAACGUUCGCAAUGCAAAACACUUUGUUCCUCUUCAUUUCUUAUCUUCUCUUUCUACGCCUAUCUUCAUCGUUCCUACCUACGACUCUACGAUUCGUUGUAUUUCUCAUAUUUUCUUCUCACGUGCCGUUAAACUCUUAUCGUUCAUUGCGAAAAUUGAACCCCAUCCUUCGUUAGAACUAGCCUCCUUCAUUCUUUCUCCCUAUAUUUGUUUUUAUGCCACAACAAGUAUCAUCCUUCAGACCAACGAACAACGAACCUUUCGAAGCUCUACCACAUGAAGUAGUAUUUAUUGUUUUACGGUACUGUAACACGCGAUUCUACCGCGACCAGCUGAACCGGUAACUCGGAUUCGGUUAAGGGGAUUCGAUCGCUAAGCUCGUAAAUGUCGAGCAACGACGACGCGUUUAUUUAUAUUUUUUUUUCCUUUUUUCUUUUUUUAAUCAUCAUCACGCGCGUAUUAAAAUCCUAUUAGCGCUCGCUAUCGUUUAUCGCAAACUCGAACUUGACUCGUAAGCCGCUUACGAUUGAGGUAAUCCAUGGUAUAAGGCCCAAUUCGCAUCCAGUUCGAACUAACGCGUACUGUUAGCUGUAUACCCUACCUAUCUCGACGAUUCGUUUGGCUCUAAAAGUUUUUAGAAUUAACGCGCGCUCCCAGCGUCGCGACGGAACGCGUUAAACCGCAAAACGUUCGCGACCGGUUUGCUCUAUCGACAAAAUCUAUUCGGUGAUCGGUAUAUAUGCGCAACACAGACUAGAGCCCACGAUGUGGUACAUGUAUUAACCCUCCAUGCAUGGGCAAGAAGAUGGCCCGCGUGCCACUGACGGGCACAGAAAUAAGUGACGUCACAGUGACAUAUGAAGAUAGGAGAGCAAACGCAGUGAGAACGUAGAAGUCGUGCGCGAUUGGUCCUAGUCCGUUCAAGUCUCGCUGCGAUGUGGGCGGACUCGUAACUGUGCUCGCCUGUGGUUCACGGAAAACCCAGUUGCCCGUCUCUAUUCUAUUGCACGAAUUUUAUAUUCUUCUUAAACAUGUUAUUUCUUCAGUGUUUAUAUAUCGACGAGUUGUAUGCAAACCUUGUUAUACUCCUGAUCGAGUGUAUCGUGCAAUAGAGUGUAUCGUAAAAUAGUGGGCCCUAGUACGGAACCACUGAACUAAAGUCUACGUGUACAACUCGCCCUUAAUUGAUAUCGUACGUUUGUAAGCUCUUUUUCACGGUCCUUGCCCACGAACGCGACUAUUCGUACUUGCGGGUGCGCGAUGAUCGAGGAAAAGCAGAGGUCCGCGUGUAGUUUUGGCACUUGAUCAUGGACAUUUUCAAAAGUCGCGUCUAAUCGUUCGUGAACGCUUUCUCUCUCGCUCGUAAACGCUUUAACGCGUCCCGUUUCAACGAGUUCGCGCCAAAUCGGAAUUUUCCAGUUGAAAUGUUUGCAUUUCGCGUGCAACGAUAUAAUACACUGUCUCUACACAACA